UGCCUGGAGACGCAAAACAGAACACAGAGAUGAACACAACUGAGAAGUUUUACCUUCCCGUUGAUGGCAUCCUCGAAAUGUUCAACUCUCUCACCGGGCAUCACCAAUCACACAUUACGCACCCAGUCCUGCAGAGCGCAGCCCUCACCCCAGUACUCCAGCACCCCAAAGUCUCAAACAUACCGAAGACAGGUAUGGGCAUCAUCAAGACGGUCAAAGGGCGCUGGAGAGGAGUGGUUGCGAGUAGAUCCUCGAGUUCUGGCAAUCGUCAAGUCUCGACCGAUCGGCUCCCCAAGAGGUCCGUGGAUCUGCUGGAGUUGGGUCUGACCAAGCCCAGGAACUGUCACAGGAUAGUUGUGCUUGGCGCACCCAGAGUGGGUAAAACCAACAUCCUCCAGCGGUUCUUGGGUAAAGAGUUUGAUGAACAUUAUGAACCCACGACCGAAGACUUUCACAGAAAGCUGUUCCACAUAGGAGGAGAGGCGUACCAGGUCGAUCUCCUGGACGCAUCAAGUGAGAGGGACUUCCCAGCAAAACGGAGGUUAUCCAUACUGACAGGUGACAUCUUUCUGCUCGUCUUCAGUUUGGAUGACAAAGACUCUCUCAGUGAAGCCUCUGAGCUGCUGAACGAAAUCAAAGUUGCUAAGGCAAAGAUACUAAAAUUAAAAAAUCCAGCGAGAGUGCCGGUCGUGGUAUGCGGGAACAAAUCGGACUUGGAGGGGCAGAGAGCCGUGAGCCGGCCUGAAGUGGCCGAAAUAAUCGGCGAGGACGUGUCGUUCUUCGAAACGUCGGCCAAAGACGGUUCGGGACUGGACGGUCUGUUCAGAGCCCUCGCCACUCUGGGCGGACUGCCGGACGAGACCGGUCCGUCGCGGCACGAGAUCAUACCCAUCCUCGCCUACCAGUCGCUGUGCAUCGGCCAGCGAGGCAGGAGAGGGAGCCGGACGCCGCGGGGACUCGGCGCGCCCUGCGCCGCCGUGGACCCCCUGGCGCGACGCCCGAGCUUCACCAGCGACCUGCGGCUGGUGCUUGGAUCAAGCACCAAACACAACAAACCCGAGAAGUGUCAGAUUCAAUGAAUUGUGAGCCUUCUCGAUAAACCAAUUGUAGUAGUAUGCUGCAAUGUCUCAUUAUGUAAGGAGUUAUACUCUGUAGCACCUGGCUGGACCAGUGCAUUCAUAUUUUGUUUUUGUAUAUGUUACUCUAUUAUAUGAACGUACAAUAAAAACCGAUUAUUUCUAA